CUCCGAAUUUUUCAAAAACCAGAAUUCCAGAUCCAACACGAGCACCCGCUUCUCCUCUCCUAUAAAUCACAGAAGUUGAGAUGGAACGCUCCCCAUCUCUGAGAUCCCGCCAAGGUAGAUUUCAAAUUUUCUUCCCUUCAUAGGCUAAUUUCUUGCCUUUCUAGCCCUAGUUUCGAUCCCUGAUAAGGCCAUGGCUUCGUUGAAGUCUUCGAUUUGCUUCAAUUCGACGACCGCCGGUGGUGCCGCUCGAAUUAGUUCUUAUCACCGUACUUCUGGGGAGGUUCACGUCAUUGUUGGCCCGAUGUUCGCCGGAAAAACCACAGCCCUUCUCCGUAGGAUCAAAUCGGAAGGUAGCGACGGCAGAAACGUGGCGAUGAUAAAAUCCAGUAAAGAUACAAGAUAUGCGAAAGAUUCAGUUGUAACGCACGACGGAGUGAAAUUCCCGUGCUGGGCACUGCCAAAUCUGAUGUCGUUCCGUCAGAGAUUCGGCGAUGAUGCCUAUGAAAAGCUGGAUGUCAUCGGCAUCGACGAGGCCCAAUUUUUCGAAGAUUUGUACGAUUUCUGCUGCACGGCCGCAGAUCUCGAUGGCAAAACAGUGAUUGUCGCUGGCCUGGACGGUGAUUACUUAAGAAGAAGCUUUGGUUCUGUGCUCGACGUAAUACCCCUAGCAGACACUGUAACGAAGUUGACAGCUCGAUGUGAGCUCUGUGGCAAAAAGGCUUUCUUCACAUUGAGGAAGACGGAGGAGACGCGGACUGAACUGAUUGGAGGGGCUGAUGUUUACAUGCCGGUCUGCCGCCAGCACUAUGUGAAUGGGCAGGCGGUUAUAGAAGCAACGAGGAGCGUGCUUGAGUCUCGCAAACUUAAAACUGAUACUCAUCUUGAGGUUGCUUCUGUUGUUUAGGAUGAUUCAAUUUGCUAUAACCUGCUAGUCUCAAUAGCUUCUGAAUGUUGUUGGGCUUGUUUUUAUUUAUAUCUGCAUAGAAUCUAUAGACAUGUUGAAGUUUCCCUGAAUCAGCAAUGGAAAAUAUCGCCUGGUCAAUUGAUUCUUAUUGAAUCAUAGAUAUGUGCUUGAAAUUGUGUCUUAAAUUCUGGAAAGUUGAGAAUCUUUUCUUUGGGUUGCAAAGUUUUUGAGUCUGCA